AUGAGACAGACCAUGAGACAGACCAUGAGACGGACCAUGAAACAGACCAUGAGACAGACCAUGAAACAGACCAUGAAACAGACCAUGAGACAGACCAUGAAACAGACCAUGAGACAUACCAUGAGACAGACCAUGAGACAGACCAUGAGACAGACCAUGAGACAGACCAUGAGACAGACCAUGAAACAGACCAUGAAACAGACCAUGAGACAGACCAUGAGACAGACCAUGAGACAGACCAUGAGACAGACCAUGAGACAGACCAUGAGACAGACCAUGAAACAGACCAUGAGACAGACCAUGAAACAGACCAUGAGACAGACCAUGAGACAGACCAUGAGACAGACCAUGAAACAGACCAUGAGACAGACCAUGAAACAGACCAUGAAACAGACCAUGAAACAGACCAUGAAACAGACCAUGAAACAGACCAUGAAACAGACCAUGAGACAGACCAUGAGACAGACCAUGAAACAGACCAUGAGACGGACCAUGAAACAGACCAUGAGACAGACCAUGAAACAGACCAUGAGACGGACCAUGAAACAUACCAUGAGACAGACCAUGAGACAGACCAUGAGACAGACCAUGAAACAGACCAUGAAACAGACCAUGAGACAGACCAUGAAACAUACCAUGAGACAGACCAUGAAACAGACCAUGAGACGGACCAUGAAACAGACCAUGAGACAGACCAUGAAACAGACCAUGAGACGGACCAUGAAACAUACCAUGAAACAGACCAUGAAACAGACCAUGAGACAGACCAUGAGACAGACCAUGAGACAGACCAUGAGACAGACCAUGAGACAGACCAUGAGACAGACCAUGAGACAGACCAUGAAACAGACCAUGAGACAGACCAUGAGACAGACCAUGAGACAGACCAUGAAACAGACCAUGAGACAGACCAUGAGACAGACCAUGAAACAGACCAUGAGACAGACCAUGAAACAGACCAUGAGACAGACCAUGAGACAGACCAUGAGACAGACCAUGAAACAGACCAUGAGACAGACCAUGAGACAGACCAUGAAACAGACCAUGAGACAGACCAUGAAACAGACCAUGAGACAGACCAUGAGACAGACCAUGAGACAGACCAUGAGACAGACCAUGAGACAGACCAUGAGACAGACCAUGAAACAGACCAUGAAACAGACCAUGAGACAGACCAUGAGACAGACCAUGAGACAGACCAUGAAACAGACCAUGAGACAGACCAUGAAACAGACCAUGAAACAGACCAUGAGACAGACCAUGAGACAGACCAUGAGACAGACCAUGAGACAGACCAUGAAACAGACCAUGAGACAGACCAUGAAACAGACCAUGAGACAGACCAUGAGACAGACCAUGAGACAGACCAUGAAACAGACCAUGAGACAGACCAUGAGACAGACCAUGAGACAGACCAUGAGACAGACCAUGAGACAGACCAUGAGACAGACCAUGAGACAGACCAUGAGACAGACCAUGAAACAGACCAUGAGACAGACCAUGAGACAGACCAUGAGACAGACCAUGAAACAGACCAUGAGACAGACCAUGAAACAGACCAUGAGACAGACCAUGAGACAGACCAUGAGACAGACCAUGAAACAGACCAUGAGACAGACCAUGAGACAGACCAUGAGACAGACCAUGAGACAGACCAUGAGACAGACCAUGAAACAGACCAUGAGACAGACCAUGAGACAGACCAUGAGACAGACCAUGAGACAGACCAUGAGACAGACCAUGAGACAGACCAUGAGACAGACCAUGAAACAGACCAUGAGACAGACCAUGAGACAGACCAUGAGACAGACCAUGAGACAGACCAUGAGACAGACCAUGAGACAGACCAUGAGACAGACCAUGAGACAGACCAUGAAACAGACCAUGAAACAGACCAUGAGACAGACCAUGAGACAGACCAUGAGACGGACCAUGAAACAGACCAUGAGACGGACCAUGAAACAUACCAUGAGACAGACCAUGAGACAGACCAUGAGACAGACCAUGAAACAGACCAUGAGACAGACCAUGAGACAGACCAUGAAACAGACCAUGAAACAGACCAUGAGACAGACCAUGAAACAGACCAUGAAACAGACCAUGAGACAGACCAUGAGACAGACCAUGAAACAGACCAUGAGACAGACCAUGAAACAGACCAUGAGACGGACCAUGAAACAGACCAUGAGACAGACCAUGAGACAGACCAUGAGACAGACCAUGAGACAGACCAUGAAACAGACCAUGAGACGGACCAUGAAACAGACCAUGAGACAGACCAUGAAACAGACCAUGAAACAGACCAUGAGACAGACCAUGAAACAGACCAUGAGACGGACCAUGAAACAUACCAUGAAACAGACCAUGAAACAGACCAUGAGACAGACCAUGAGACAGACCAUGAGACAGACCAUGAGACAGACCAUGAAACAGACCAUGAGACAGACCAUGAAACAGACCAUGAGACAGACCAUGAAACAGACCAUGAGACAGACCAUGAGACAGACCAUGAGACAGACCAUGAAACAGACCAUGAGACAGACCAUGAAACAGACCAUGAGACAGACCAUGAAACAGACCAUGAGAUAG